ACCAGUCUGUUCAACCACGCUUCGGAAGCACUACGUAAAUUUGUUAUAAAAAUUUGGAUAUUUUUUAAGAAAGUGUGAUUUUUAAAACUUAUGAAAAAUUGUUCAGAUACGUGAAGUGUCGUUUUUUAGGCAAAAUGGCGAUUUCUGUUUUGAGAAUUGGAUGGAGAGCAGCUGCUAAUUUAGAGAAGGCAGCUUUAUUUUCUUGUACCAGUGCAACCAAUCAAUUCAAGUUAAUGCAUACUCAACCAGUAUGCACGAACAAUGUCUGCUACUUAGACAAUCGAGGGCCAUCUCAUGAAGAGACAGUGGAACGAGCCACCAACGCCAUUCGGAGGUACAGCAAGCAUCAUGGCCGGCAAGAGGACAGGCGGCAAGUGCGCUCCGAUAGCGACAGUGACUCUGAAAGUGACACUGAAUGCAAGGGAAUUGAUAGAUCGGACUUCUGGAGGCGGAAAAUGCGAACCGUGCACAACAUAUUGGACGUAGACAAGGAUGGUCUGAUCUCGUACAACGAUUUCCAGCUGUUCGCGAAGAGAUUCAUUGCGCUCGGACAUCUGGAUGAACAGCAGGCUAAGGAGUUUGUGGAGAUUAUUCAGAUGACCUGGGAAACGCAGUGGGGCGCCAUUGAUCCGUAUAAUUACGUUACGAUGGAACAGUAUUUAGAGGACAUGAACCACGUGUUAAAUGAUAAAACGUUGAAGAAGAAAGCGCACCGCUGGUUGCCAUAUUUAUUCAAGGCUCUCGACAAAGACAAGACUGGCUUUAUCUCCGUGAAGGAGUUUAAGUUGUUCUUCGAGUGUCUUGGGCUCAACAACGAGCACGCGGCAGUGGCAUUCGCCGUCAUCGACCACAACGGGGAUGGCAAACUGUCCCUGAAAGAAUUUGUAAAACUGGGGAAGGACUUCUUCUUCACAGAGGACGAGAAACGGCCCUCCAAGAUGUUCUGGGGACCACUGUCCAAUGUGUGAUCGCAGCUUUAUAAAAGCGCUGUAUAAUGUCUGAUCACAUGUUUGUAGUAGCUGACGAAUGUGUGCUCGCAGCUUUAUUAUGUGACAAGAGUGAUUUGAUUUAGUAGCACGGGAAUACGAAGUUAAAAUGACGGAAUCUACGGCCGUAGUGUUAACGGGAAACCUUAUCGAUCUCUUUCGUUACUUUACGGCCAAAUUUCUUGAUUUUAAAGAUUUUUUUGAGUAAUUUGAUCGAUUUCUUACCUUACGUUCGUCAAUAUCUAUAGUUGCGUUACGGUAUCAAUUUCUAUCAUGUCACCCGUAUGCACGAUUUUUUUUAGUACUUUGAUCGAUUUCUUUCACAGAACGACCAUCAACGAUUCUCAUUAUCUCUUUGAUUACGCUACAGUACAAAUUCCUAUCAUGGUACUUUAAAGAAAGAGUUGUGUCAAUUGGAGAUCUGUAGUAGAUAGAUAUUGUAUACAUAAUAUACUAAGUCUUUUUUCUUUAAAAUUAAUGCAACAUGCAUAAUACAUAAAU